ACUAACAUACUAACCUAAGCAUGUUAACAAUAACAAAUUUAAAGUAGCUCAUAUAUAAUAAUUUAAAAUUUAAACAUAAUAAAGCGAUGAGUAAUCACUUAAAUCAAAGUUUUAAAGAUCGGCGACCCGUCGUUACAUGUGCAGGAGAAUUGGAAGUAUUCUCUUUAAUUGAGGAUAACUUAUCAGAAGCUCUUCCCAAGGACACAUGCGAAUGGAAACGAUCUUUAGGGCGUCCCGUUAAAGUAGUUCGCAUUGGUGCUAACUUUACUCCAUUCAGUAAGUCAGCAUUGCCUAGGUCUGGGCAGUGGGAUUUGAUCAGACAACCCCUUUUUCAUAUUUAUUGGACGGAAUGCACGGAUACAGAUGCGUAUAAAAUUAAUGUUAAGGAAGAUAUUGAGAAUUGGCUAAAAGAGUUAACGUCUAGAGAAAUUCAGGAUUGGUUAGUUGUGGUGGUUGAAAAUUAUGAUGGAAAGAGAGCUAAGCAACUUAUCCCAAGAACAACAGUGCUUGAUAAAAUUAGAGCUGAAUUUGCACCAAAACAAGGUGAUCGAUGUAUUUCAGUCAUUAAUCCAGGUAAAAUAGAAAACAAAUCUACAGACUCAUGGCGAGGGUUAGUGGGUCGAAUUAGACAUUUGUUGUUGGUUGCUUAUGCUCGAGCAGUAACACAAUUGGAGGAGUAUAUUAGACAACAGAGAGAAAGGAGAAAUGAGCCUGGUUGGAGUUUUAUGAAGUAUUUUAAGUUACAAGAGGAACUCGCUCAAAUCUUGGAAAUGCUGGGACUAAAUGAUGAAGCACUAGUGCAAUAUGAUGAGUUGGAUGCAUUUUUUUCACAGAUUGUUAGCAGUAGUUUGAGAAGUGAUAGCAUAAAAUGGCUGAGUGACUUUCAAAAACCAUUAGAAAGGUGGUAUGGUUUAAAAUUGGGGCCAGCCAUAUUGCCAGAAAGCCCAUCCAUUCUUGAACUCAGAGCCUAUAUAUUUGCAAAACAGGCGCAUAUGUUGCUGCUUUCUAAUAAAAUUUGGGAGAUAGCUGCAAGGUGUUUACCAUUUUUACACACUUGUACCAGAGAGUUGAACCUUUUAGAAGUUUGGGCACCAGCUGGUGCUGUUUGGUGCUGGUUGUUUUUAGCUAGUAUGGAAGUGUUACACUACUGUGAUAAAUUUAAUCAAGCUGACCAAGUUGAGGAAUAUUCUUUGCAAACUGCCCCUUUGUGGGAAUUUGCCAGUCAAAAGUUACGUAGUCUGGGUGAAUUAUGUGGUCUUAUGCCAAAAAACACACCUACAUCUGAGCAGCUUCAUAUUGUUGUUGGUCUAUCUGCUGGCAUGGGUGACAAUCCUGGGCCACCAAAUGACCCAUCACCCACUGAUAAACUAAAAGAGGUUCUUUGUUCACAAGAACUUUUUAAUAAGUUAUAUUUGGAACUGGCAGAGUUAGCAAUGGGCACAUUCAAACACGUGGGUCGUCUUAGAAUGGCCCGGUUGGUGGGAAAGGAUGUAGCUUCCUUUUAUUUAUUGCUAGGAGAGACGCAGAAAACGGCGGCUUUUUUAGGAGACGCCUUACGCAUGUUUCUCAAAGAAGGGUGGCAUGAACUAGCAGCCCAAACUCAGUUAGAGGUGGCCGAAUGUUUUCGAGAAAUUGGUGACAUGAGGAAAUUGGUUAAAGCCUGCACUUAUGUUUCUGCUGCAUUAGAAGUUGAUACUUUAAUCAGGUGGACUUAUUUUGAUGAAAUGAUGAAGAACCUUUCAAAUUUGGACAGUGAGCUGGAAAUUCCUUUUGAUAAUGUUGUAAAAUUAUUAAGUGUCAAGGUUUUAAAUGACUCUUCCCUGCUGCAAAGCAAUAGAAUUGAAGUGGAAUUAAUAAUUGAAUCAAAUUUCCCCAAAGAAGUACUCUGUACAUAUGUAGCUGUGUCGUUGGAGAAGCACGUUAAGCAAAAAGAAAAUGAGAGAAUUUGCUUAGGAAAAGCAUUGUCUGAUAAGGAAUUUAAAAGCCAGGAUCCUCUUCUGCAAAAACUUAAAAUUAAAAAUAACUUAGAUUAUAAACAGGAUAAACAAUUAGCGAUGUCCGGAAUUACUUCUAAAUUGACUGAGCUAAGGAGAAAGGAUAGCACUUUGCCGCAUAUCAAGCCAGAUUUUAAUAUGUCUUUAGAAGUGGACAAACUGCCGUUGUUGCUUACGCCAGGAAUAAACGUAAUCAGGGUGAGCAGGGUUUCUAAAGAAGUGGGAAAAUUUUUCUUAGGUUCUGUAGCCCUUCACGUGAAUCAGUUGGAAUUAGUGUCUGCACCUUUAUUGCCUAAACUGACCAUCGAAGUACAAGAAGAGGGACCAUCAUUGAAACUUUAUAAACGUGCAGCUCCACUACUGGCAGGCAUUGAACAAGUCAUGAACCUAAUAUUGACAAUUGGAAGCUAUUCCAUUGAUCCUGCAUCUAAAAUAAAGCUGAUUGCAUCCCCAGGCCUAGCAUUUCAUACAGAUCCAGAAAAGUGCUUGGUAAAUGUUUUAGAAAUGGAAGUGGGAGAAAGACAGAUUUUUACGAGUACAAGAAUUCCACUUAGGAUUUUUGCAGAAUUGUCAACAAAAGAUCACCAAGUUACCAUUCACGUUCCUUGGAAUGCAAAACCGAUAGUUGUGGGACUAACGUUUACCACUCCUAUAGGAGUGACUUGGCGACUAUUCACUUGUGAUCACAGAAAAUUUGUCCAAGUAAAUGUGGUGGGCCAGUAUGAGAAAGAAAUAAAAUUGGAAACUCCCGAGUUAAAGAUAAAAAACAUUCCUGUAUCUCCGAUUUUUUGUGAAUCUGAUCUGAUCAUUACUAAUGGAUUAAGUACGUCUUUCCUGUGGGAAUUGGCGUUAUCUUCGGAAUCGUGCCCAAAUUCAUCUAAAGGCGAAUUUUUCGUAAAAUACAAACUUUCCGACCUAGAAGAAAACAUGACAUACCAAUAUUUGUUUGACAUUACCGAUUAUCAGACCUUAUAUGUUCUCGAUGCUGACGUCGAACCGGCUAAAGGCAACGAAUUUUGUCGCGUCGGUUUAGUCUGUCAUUUAAAUUUGACUAUUUUCUGCGAAAUGCCCAAUAAAGAUCGGAAGGAGGUCAAUUCCGUAAUGUACGAGGUAUUAGCCGAACAAAGCGUCUGGGCAGUUUGUGGAAGAACAGCGGGCGUGGUAUGCUUCGAUAGCGAAGAUGACUCGUCGCAGCAAAUAGUACUUGACGUCAUGCCACUUACAAGCGGGUAUUUACCAUUACCGCUGGUGAGAAUAUCGAAAUAUAUUCCAGCGGAAAAUAUGAUCUCAGAGAAAUGUAUGAAAGGUGAUACACAUCCAAGAUUGGAACCAUUUAGUCCUGGCCAGGUGUACAAUAAAAGCAAAGGCAAACAGUUGCAUGUUAUAGCCGCAUCGAACGAUGGACAAAAUUCGUAAUGAUUACGCAUUAUGUGCCAGUAGGUACAUCGUGUAAGAGAACAAGGCGCUGAUUAUUGCAUACAUUUAAGUGAUUUUGCGUUGUUUUGCAUUUGAAGUUGCUUUCUACAAAAGAAAUUGCAUUAUAUUAAUGUAGUAUUUAUUGAAUUUAUUUUUGUUAUAUUGUUAAAUAAAAUUUAUAUUGUGCACAUUUAACUCUUAUAGCUAUGUGGGUUUGAAGUAAUCGAUCCUUGUAUUUUUUUAAAAGCGUAAUGCCUUCCGGAAAGAUUAAAU